AUGGAAAUUCCUGUGUGUUGGCAAGACUGGCGCAGCGAUGUUAAAUCGAAAGCUGCCGAAAUCCGCCGUGCUCAGCAGCAGACUGGUGGAGGGCCUGGACCUGCACCCUUAUCUGCCAUGGAGGAAUCUCUAAUGGCAUUUAUUGGCCACGAAGCAGCAGAGGGCCUUGCUGUUGCCGAUACCUUAGAGAUUCCUGAAGGUGAUGCAGAAGUGGAAGCUGGUGGUGAUGAAGAUGUCCACAAUCCGGUUGUGGAUGAUAGAAAAACAACGAAAAAACCAUUAAGGAUCGGUGUAAGGAGCCAUGGCUCCAAGGGAUAUCCUGAAUCACCUGUAAUUCAAAUACACAACUAG